UAUAAAACUAGAGACCUACUGAAAAAUGACGACGACGAUGAUGAAAAACAAUAGUUGCCAUAACCUUGGAUGAAGUGGUGACGGCAAAUCUGGUAGCGUAACGGAGUAAAAGCCGACGUUGCCUUCCAGAGUUAGAAGCAAUCUCUUGUUGACCUAUUAAACAUUUUUCAUAAGUCAAAUUGAUAUAAUCUCAAAAAUUAAAUUUUGAAAAGAAUCCAUUUGGAAAGCAUAAGAUAAAUAAUGCUUAAAUCCUCUUCAUGCUGUAAUAAACAUGGGGAAGAAUUGAAUUUUUAUACUUAAAUAUUAAUGGAUAAUGGCAAAUUACUACAUUUCUUGCACACAAACACAAUGUAUAUUAUAUAUUUAAAAAGUCAAAAUUGAGAAAGUACCUUAAAAAUCUUUACAAGUCACCCCUUCAUUUCCAUCUCCAUUCUCUCAAUGGCAAUAUCAAUGCUUAUGCUCCUCUUAUUCCUCUUCAUGGCAAUGUCAACUGCAGUUAUACUGCAGAAUCCGGAUUUUGAAUCUCCUCCGACCAAUAUAACGUUGAACACCACCAAUCGACUCCUGCUCCAAAACGGAAUCAAUAAAAUCCCAGGAUGGUCAUUCAGUGGUACGGUUUGGUACAUAACCGCUGGUCCCAACAUAUCAUUACCAGGCAACGGUCAUGGAGUUCAGUUAGGUCAAGACGGAAAGAUCAACCAGACAUUUAAAGUCGGGGACAAUGACUACGUCUAUGUGCUUAGUUUCACCCUUGCUUCAGAAAGCAAGGAAUGCUCUAAUAAUACAGUUUCUGUAAAUGUAUCGACAUCUGCGAGAUCUAAGGUCUUCUCCUUGGAGAGGCAUUAUGGAAAGGAGAUGUGGGAGAGUCACGCCUUUUACUUCGAAAGCUGGGAUGACGGGAAGGGGUUCAUUAACCUUGAGAUUCAAGGAGUGUCACUGCAGAAUGAGACGAAUAUCAUUUGCAGACCCGUGGUGGACACUUUUAUCAUCAAGGAAAUUGGACCAAGUAGACUAUAUAGUGGCAACUUGCUAGUGAAUGGCGGGUUUGAGGUGGGACCGGCAUUUCUCAAAAGUUCCAAAGAGGGAAUUUUACUGGAUGAAGAGCCAGAACAAAUUGAAUCCCCACUCCAGCAAUGGUCAAUCAUAGGCACAGUGAAGUACAUACACUCGGUACACUACUAUGUGCCAGAAGGUAAUGCAGCAAUUGAGAUAGUUUCAAAUGAACCCUCCGGCAUUAUAACCCUUCGAAAACUCUCAAAGGGCACGGAUUAUACUUUAGAAUUCAUAAUGGGGGAUGCUAAUGACUCGUGUGUCGGGGAUCUCAUACUGCAAGCUCAAGUAGGGAAAACUAACCAGAAUUUUACCCUACAAAGCAAAGGCACUGGCUCAGCUCAAAAUCAAUCCUUAAAUUUUAAAGCAGAUGCAAAUUUAAUUUCCAUCAGCUUCACUAGCAUCAAUCAAGGACAAAGAAGUGAUGGAGUCUUAUGUGGCCCGGUAAUUGACAAUGUCGUUCUUAGCUCCAACUCUUCGCCAACUGACUCAAAUCCGAAACUGAGCAGUGAUUUUUUAAGUGUGUUUUUCAUUGUUUUAAUGAUGCUACUAUGCUAAUAAUGUAUCUACAUCAGAUACAACUUAUGCUAUCAGUCUCCACAUGAUUUUAGAUCAUCAAUAUUUCAAAGAAUAAUAAUCACCUAUGUUUUAAUUUAA